AUGCUCGGCGGUUUGCGCUCCGGGAUGAGUGGCAAGUUUCAAUCGCUGCAAAACAGUGCGUCGCACGCCAAAGACCAUCAGAAAACCUGGCCCAAAAAGACCCAAUAUCAGUCCCUGUCCGGCGGGUUCUCCGUCUCCAUGUUCUCGCGUCGCGUUCGCCGCCAUUUGCGCCUCUGCUCCUGCAUCCAAUUCCUCAGCAUAUCCGCACUCAUCUGGCUCCUGAUCACCCUCAUCUCCCCGGAGAACGUGAUCCAAAACUACCCGGAGGAACUGGACCAGCAGCAGGAGCAGCAUCAGAUGCCGCGCACCAUGGACAGCCUCUUCGAUGGUGCCAAGGAGUUGCAACGUUUCCCGAAGCCGGAUUACCAGCGAGUUAAUCCCUACGGGGAUUCAGCAGGGGCAGCAGCAGAAUCGCCUGUGCUACUGCUGGAAGAUGGCGAUGAUGAGAAUAAGAAGCCGGUGGCGGUCUUGGCGGCUGCGAGAAGAUUGCGGAGGCGGAAAGAGGGCGGCCCGGAUGAAGACGGCGGCGAGGGGAACCUGGCGCCGCCGGAAAUGUUGGAACACCCCGGAGAGAUGGGGUCCCCGGUGACGUUGCCGUCGAAUGAAUCCAUGCCCCUGGAGAUGCGGCUCCAGGUGGAGAAGGGAUGGCAGCAGAACGGGUUCAAUUUGUUCGUCUCGGACAUGAUAUCUGUCCGGCGGACGUUGCCGGACGUUCGGCACGAAGCAUGUAAGAAGCUUGUAUACCCCAAAAGACUUCCGAAGGCUAGCGUCAUACUUUGUUUCAACAAUGAAGCGUGGUCGACGUUGUUGCGAUCUGUACACUCGAUCCUUGACCGAACACCAGAGCAUUUAUUGCAAGAAAUUCUUUUGGUUGAUGACUUUUCCGAAAGGGAUCACUUGAAAGAACCAUUGGAUUCCUACAUGGAAAGAUUUCCGAAAGUCAAAAUUGUUCGCUUGCGAAGACGUGAAGGUCUUAUUAGAGCGAGAUUAGCUGGUGGCCGCGUAGCACGGGGUUCAGUUCUCGUAUAUCUGGAUUCUCACAUUGAAACAACCGAAGGUUGGAUGGAGCCAUUACUUUUUAGAAUUUCGCAGAACUGGAGCAACGUGGUGGUCCCCAUCAUCGACAUUAUUUCGGAUGAUACAUUUGAGUAUCGCGGGAAGUCGAGUGAUCCAAUUAGCGUCGGUGGAUUUGACUGGAGCUUAAUUUUUGAUUGGCACACUUUACCUGAACGUGUCCAGAAAACCCUGGCAAGUCCGAUUCAACCAGUACCCAGUCCUACAAUGGCUGGCGGUCUCUUCGCCAUUGAUAAAAAGUUUUUUGAGCAUCUGGGAACGUAUGACGAAGCUAUGGAUUUCUGGGGUGGAGAAAACCUUGAAUUAUCAUUCAAGGCAAGGCACAUCUUCAGGCAUCGGUCUCCUCUAACUUGGCCAUACGGCCGAAACGUGAUGCGGAAGAACACGAUCCGCUUGGCGGAAGUUUGGUUGGAUGAGUACAAAACUUUCUAUUACGAUCGCAUAGGCGAUGAGAAGAACACUGAUGCCGGUGACUUGUCUUCUCGGAAAGAAUUGCGACGACGCCUGAAGUGCAAAUCGUUCAAGUGGUAUCUAACAAACGUGUAUCCAGAAAUGUUUGUGCCUUCGGAAGCAGUUGCGCGAGGCGAAGUUCGUAAUAUGGCGUAUGGACACGUGUUCUGUAUGGAUUCGCCGGCGAAGAAAACCAAUUUGCAUGCUUCUGUCGGAGUGUAUCCUUGCCACCGGCAGGGUGGCAAUCAAUAUUGGUUUCAUACCCGAGCUGGUGAAAUCCGUAGAGACGAAUUUUGUUUGGACUACGCUGGACAAAAUGUGAUGCUCUAUCAGUGUCACGGUGGUGGCGGGAAUCAAAAUUGGAGCUAUAACCCUCACGUUGGUCAAUUGGCUCCUGUCAUUCCAGUCGACUCUUAA